AUGGACAAUCAAGCUGCUACCAGCUGCUCCGCCUGCAGCCCCGACCAGGAGAAGCAGAUCGUAAAGCAAUUGACACGCGAAGCUGAAGCCUCUUUGAAGGAAGGCACUUUGUUCUUUGUCGUCUCCGCAAGGUGGUUCUCGGGCUGGGAGAGGUAUGUGGGUCGAAGUGCCACUGACUGCUUAUCUGACUCGCCGUCAUCUGAUUCCGAUGAAUCCACUUCCAAGCCUGUAGAUAGACCUGGUCCAAUCGAUAACUCCGAGCUAAUUGAGAAUGAUAGUCAAUCUGAGGGUGGCGAUUUCGAUCUGGUCAGAACCUUGCUUGAAGGCAAGGACUAUGUUUUAGUGCCGCAGCAAGUUUGGGAAAAGCUUAUGCAGUGGUACAAGGGAGGUCCAGCACUGCCGAGGAAGGUGAUUUCGCAAGGUGUUUCCAAUAAAAAGCAACUCAAUGUUGAGGUUUAUCCACUUCGUCUGAAGUUGAUUGAUUCUAGAGACGAGAGCACGCACAUAAUCAGGUUAAGCAAAAAGGCUUCUUCACAUGAGCUGUAUGAGAAGGUUUGUGCACUUAGAGGAGUAGAGCGUGAAAAGUGCUUGAUUUGGGACUACUUCAACAAACGAAGACAUUCACGACUGCUUUAUUCCAGUCAUACCCUUGAGGAAUUGAACUUGCAGAUGGACCAAGAGAUUCUUCUCGAGCUACCAGUAGAUCGAUCAUACGCUUCCCAACAUGGAAGAGAUUCAACUGGUAAUGAAUUAGCUGUGGUACCCAUGGAGCCUCAGAGGUCCCACCAGUCAAUUGCUGGGGGCUCAAGUGUGUCAAAUGGCCACUCAACCUCAUAUAGCCUCGACAUCAAGCCAGGAAAUGUGGACUCUAUCUUUAAGGAUGCGGAUGAGGGUCUUGGUGGUCAGAGCUCUUCGGGGAAGGGAGAGAAGGGAGGUUUGGCAGGAUUGCAGAAUUUGGGGAAUACGUGUUUUAUGAAUAGUGCGUUACAGUGCUUGGUCCACACCCCACCUCUUGUUGAUUACUUCCUUAAGGAUUAUGCUGCAGAGAUCAAUAAAGAAAAUCCAUUAGGAAUGCAUGGUGAGCUUGCACUUGCAUUUGGAGAGUUGUUGAGGAAAUUGUGGUCGUCAGGGCGGACCUCAAUUGCACCUCGUGCUUUUAAAGGGAAACUAGCACUAUUCGCUCCACAGUUUAGUGGAUAUAAUCAGCAUGAUUCCCAAGAGCUCCUUGCUUUUUUACUGGAUGGCCUACAUGAAGAUUUGAAUCGUGUGAAACGGAAGCCUUACCUUGAAAUGAAGGACAGGAGUGGUCAUCCGGAUGAGGAAGUUGCCGACGAGAGUUGGCAGUAUCACAAGGCCCGGAAUGAUUCUGUGAUUGUCGAUGUCUGCCAAGGUCAAUACAAGUCAACUUUGGUCUGCCCAGAUUGCAGCAAAGUCUCUGUUACUUUUGAUCCACUCAUGUACUUGUCAUUACCAUUACCUUCUACAGUCACUCGGACUAUGACUGUGACAAUAUUUUAUGGGGAUGGAAGGGGUCUCCCAAUGCCAUACACGGUGUCAGUGUCCAAACAUGGCCAGUGCAAGGAUCUUAUCCAGUCACUGGCUGUCGCAUGUUGUUUGAGAACUGAUGAAAGCCUUCUGUUGGCAGAAGUCUAUAAAAAUGAGAUUUCUCGUUUCUUUGAAAAUCCUUCUCUGCUGUUGACUUCUAUAAAAGAUGGAGAACAUAUUGUGGCUUACCGUUUUCCUGAAAAGGCGACUGGGAAAAAGAAACUAGAGAUUCUUCAUCGAGAAAGUUCUUCAGCUGGCAUUAGAAAGUAUUUUGGAGCACCUCUGGUUACUUAUUUGGAAGGGGAGCCACCAACUGGAGCUGAUAUUGAUGUUGUUGUAUCAAGAUUACUCUCACCCUUAAGAAGAACCAGUUCUUCUAUGAUUGCGCACAGUAAUGGUGAAAUGUCUAGUGGAUGCUCAGUUGAGUGCGAAACAAAGGAUCAGCCAAUGGAUGAUGUUGUUGAUGAGCAAGAUGGUCCCAGCCAACAACUGUCAAACCAGCUCUUCUUAUUUGAAGAUCGGGGCUCAAGUGGCAAGCCUAUCUUUAGGGACACUGUCAUCAAAACUGGAAACCACACAAAGAUUUGCCUAGACUGGAGUAAAGAAGAACACAAGUUAUAUGAUUCUAGUUACCUUAAGGAUCUUCCUGAUGUGUAUCACAAGACUGGAUUCAGUGCAAAGAAGACCCGGCAGGAAGCCAUCUCUUUGUUUUCGUGCUUGGAGGCAUUCUUAAGGGAGGAACCUCUAGGGCCUGAUGACAUGUGGUAUUGUCCCAACUGUAAAGAGCAUCGUCAAGCUACCAAGAAACUGGAUUUAUGGAUGUUGCCGGAGAUUCUUGUUGUUCACAUGAAACGGUUCUCGUAUAGUAGAUGGUUUAAGAACAAGCUGGAUACUUUUGUGGAUUUCCCGAUUCAUGAUCUUGAUUUGAGCAACUAUGUGAAGAAGAAGGAUGGGAAUUCAUGUACAUACGAGCUUUAUGCCAUCAGUAAUCAUUAUGGUGGCCUAGGUGGCGGACAUUACACAGCAUAUGCCAAGCUAAUUGACGAGGACAGAUGGUAUAGCUUCGACGAUAGCAGGGUAUCUCCAGUUAACGAGGAGGAGAUCAAGACUUCGGCGGCAUAUGUAUUAUUCUAUAGAAGAGUGAAACCUCAAGAUAAGGGGGAGAAGACAUCAUAA